CACCGCAUCUCUGGGCUGCACCACCAGACCGCGCGCCUAAAAGCUAUAUAUGGCCUGACCACCUCAUCUGGCCCUCUUGGGAUGUAGGAGAGUCUCCUGUCGUCGACGACAUUGCAUGGAGAUGGAGAUGAUGGGGUGUCAGAUCCCGGCGUUUGGAAUGUGGAACUACUGUAGUGAUCUCUCCAUCACGCAGUACUUCGACUCAGCCAUGCAGGCCAGGCUGAUGAAGCGCUGGAACUGCCGUGGCAGCGCCGCCGCCGCCGCCGUCGUGGUUGGCGAGAAAGGCGGCGUCGCCGGCGGGGAACAGCUUGUCUUGUUUCGGACCCCUUCUUUCCAACGCAAGCCUGCAGCCCAGAUCAAGGUGAUAAGGAGGGAAGUGGAGAAGCACUGUGACGGCGCCAACGAGUUGCAGGACGGCGGCGUGCGAGCUGCUGAAGCCGCUGUUGCAUACCCAGUGAUGAAGCGUAAGGUUAUCGUUAGUCAAGCUGUGGAUGAGGAUCUGUACAAAGUGCCCCAACCACCGAUGUACGAAAAACCUAGAAAGAUGAGAAGGGUGGUUUGGAGCAUGUGGAUCGGGUGCCUGGGUUUGGACUGCGUUGCCUGACAAACAGGAUUGUAAUUUUUGUAUUUCUUCAGUACGCACACUCCAUAAUUUAAAUAAUUAUCAACCCUCUUUAGGGGUUUGAAUGCUUUUUUGUGCUUCUUGAUGUAUUUAUUUUGCUUGAAUAAUCAUUUAGUUUCCUUCUAGAUAUUAUUUUUUCCCUUUGUAAGAGCAUCUCUCAGAGGAACCUUAAAUUAAGUCCUUGUUGGGGGUAUGCUUCAUUGCCGAAGAUUCUAAAGAAAGAAAACACCUUCGUCACAAUGACAGAUCUUCUCAGGAGCAAGGGCCGAAGCUAUUAUCUAUAGAGCUUCGGCACAAUGACAGAUCUCAAGACGAAGGUCCGAACCGACUUAAAGAUGGAUUGACUUAAAGACUCAUGAUGUUUUGUGUCAUUAUUGUAGUCGAUUGUAAAGGGCAUAAAUGUAAUUUCACGCAAGUUGCAUCCUAUGCCUAUAAAUAGGUGAACAGUACUACGACACUGUUCACGCAAUCCUGUAAUCACGGACAUAUUACGCUUGAAUCAUUGUUUUCCGCCAA